UCAAUGUUAAUUAAACAUCAAGGGGGUAGUGUCCAAGAUGGUCCUCAAGAUAAAAGUUCACAGUGAGACAACCAAGUGCCUAAGACUUUUGUUGGGAAACAGGACACCCAUAGCCCCCGUCCAUGACCUUACUCCAGCUUACUUUUCUCUUAUGGGGAACACAUCGCACCAGGUGGGAUUAUUACUUCAAUUCCCAUAAACUUCUGGAAAAGUAGACAAAAGCUGAUGUUUAAAUCUGAUGCUGAAUUAUCUUCAGUUUGGCACAGAAUUGAAUUCUAAAUUUGGACUCGUGAGUUUCCAGUAAAAUCACUUUUCUGGCACCCAUGGCCAUGGGUGUCGAUGUCAAACCUGGAGGUAUAAAGAGCUGUGGAUGAGAAAUGUUCAUCACUCUCCCCAGUCCAGAUCCAGAGAGCAAUCAUGAAGACCAUCAUCUUCCUUGCCCUGCUGGGAGCAACUGUUGCUUUUCCCAUUGAUGAUGAUGACAAGAUCGUUGGGGGCUACACCUGUCAGAAGAAUUCCGUGCCCUACCAGGUGUCCCUGAACUCAGGCUACCAUUUUUGUGGUGGCUCGCUCAUCAAUUCCCAGUGGGUGGUGUCCGCAGCUCACUGCUACAAGUCCCGAAUCCGGGUGCAUCUGGGAGAACACAACAUCGCAGUCUCUGAGGGUGGUGAGCAAUUCAUCAAUUCAGGCAAGGUCAUCCGCCACCCCAAAUACAACGAAAAAACUUUGGAUAAUGACAUCAUGCUGAUUAAACUGAGUUCGCCUGCCACCCUCAACUCUCAAGUGUCUGCUGUCUCUCUGCCAAAAUCCUGUGCGGCUGCUGGUACCAAGUGCCUCAUCUCUGGCUGGGGGAAUACCCAGAGUACUGGGGAAAAGUUUCCUGAUGCCCUGCAGUGUCUUCAAGCGCCCAUCCUCUCUGACAGCACUUGCCGCAAUGCCUACCCUGGCAGGAUCAGCAGCAACAUGAUCUGUCUGGGCUACCGGCGGGGUAAAAAGGAUGCUUGCCAGGGUGACUCUGGUGGCCCUGUGGUCUGCAACAGAGAGCUCCAGGGCAUUGUCUCCUGGGGUAUCGGCUGUGCUCAAAAGGGCAAACCUGGUGUCUACACCAAGGUCUGCAAAUAUGUGAGCUGGAUUCGGCAGACCAUUGCUGACAACUAAGCAUGUAAGCAUUUGUACCGAUCUAAGCACCAAUCUGUUGGUCAACUUCACCUUCCAACCAUACCUAAAAACAGUAACUAAAAUAAAAACAUCUUGUUUCACAUC